UGACAAAUCCACAGGGGUGACUAUGACUCCCAGCACUUUUCCCUGAACUGCUCGUUCUGCAGCAUAGGAAAAAAUGACUUGGACGAAGAUGCUGAUGCCAGCUUUGUUCUCCAGAAAGAAGCUGUGCUGGAAGGUAGGAGUCAUAAGCCUGAAAAAGCCAGCACAGCUCAGCACAGCCCUCUGGAAUUUGGAUGCUCUCCCUGACUCCCCCUGUGGUCUCCUGCUGCUGCUUGCCUGGGGGCAUGGCAAGGUGUUUCAUGUUCUCUGAUGUUGGAAAGCCCCUGUGAAGACCUCGCUCUGUCCCGUCAGAGCAGAGAGAGGUACAUUGUGCGAGGGAACAUCAUCUGCAGCCAAGGCUGGAGAACUCAAUGAAAAAGGACAUGGGAGCAUGAAGAAUUGCAUGGAGAGCACAGAUGUGCUGCCUGUGGUGGCAUCUCCUACAGCUCUCACCUGGCAAUCUGCUGCUGCCUGGAAGGGACUGACAGGAACCUCUGUGGAUAGCAAAGGAACCUGGAGAUGAAGGUAUUUCUUGAACUCUUCAGCACAUCACAGAACUGCUGUUUUGGGAUAUCCUGCUUAAGCCCUUGGAGGAAAAUCUGCCAACAGCCAAAAAUGACUUGAGUUGGAGAGCUGCUGCUUUAUCCCCAGGGCCAGCUUCCAGUGUCCCACCUGGGGAUGCACCGUGCACUAUGGUUCACAUCAAUGUGUUGAAAAAGUUCAUGUGUGUCCUUCUGGUGGUCCUGGUGGCACUGACAGUUUGCCUGUGGAGAGAAACCAGAAGAAGCUACUAUGAUCCUUUGAAGACCAGGAAUGAUGAUUUGCAGGGGCACAGGAGCUUGGAGAAAUGGAACACUGUUAAAUCACAAGGCCUUUUCCAUGAAGCAGCCAGUGAACUGGGGCAGGUAUCCAAAAUAUGGCUUGGUACCCAAAACAAAGUAAAAGGCAGCACCUCUGAAACAGCUGAAAAGUCCAAGAAAGCAGCCAUUGGGAAGGUAUGGGAUAAGGACAGCUCAUCCAGAAAUCUCAUACCCAGGCUGCAGAAGGUCAGGAAAAACUACCUGGCCAUGAACAAGUACAAUGUGACUUACAAUGGGAAGAUGAAUGCUAAGCUCAGCCCAGAGAAGCUGCUGUGCCAGCUGCAGGACAGAGUCAAUGUGACCAUGAUCCAGAGGUCAGAUGGGCCUUUUGGGACCUCUGAGUGGCUGCAGUACCUGCCAGGAAAAAGCUUCAGUGAAGCAGUGGGACAGCUGGGUCGCUGUGCUGUCGUGUCCUCAGCAGGCUCUCUGAAAUCAUCUCGCCUGGGACAAGAGAUAGACAGCCACGACGCCGUCCUGCGCUUCAACGGGGCUCCUGUCAGGGGCUUCCAGGAUGACGUGGGCCAGAAGACAACCAUUCGUCUUGUCAAUUCCCAGCUUGUAACUGUUGAAGAGCAGCAGUUCCUGAAGGAACCAUUAUAUAACACUGGAAUCUUAAUUGUCUGGGAUCCAGCACCAUAUCAUGCAGAAAUUCAUGAGUGGUACAGAAAACCAGAUUACAACUUUUUUGAAAGCUAUAAGGCGUAUCGUAGAGCACACCCAGAGCAGCCCUUCUAUAUCCUGAAUCCCAAAAUGCAGUGGCAACUCUGGGACAUUCUGCAGGAGAAUUCCCUGGAGCAUAUUCAGCCUAAUCCACCAUCAUCAGGAAUGCUUGGCAUUGUGCUCAUGAUGACACUGUGUGACCAGGUGGAUGUGUACGAGUUCCUCCCUUCCAAGAGGCAGACAGACAUCUGCCACUACUACCAGAAGUUCCACGACCACGCCUGCACCAUGGGAGCCUACCACCCCCUCCUGUUUGAGAAGAACCUGGUGAAGCACAUGAACCAGGGCACAGAUGAGGACAUCUACACUCAUGGCAAAGUCACCCUGCCUGGCUUCCGCAAAGUGCAGUGCUGACAGAUUGGUUUUACUGGGUUUAGUUUUCCUUGACUUUCGAAGCACUUUUUAAAUCAGGGUUGUCAGAUUUGUUAGGUCUAAGCACUGGUGUGUUUUGACAGCUCUUCCACGUAGCAAGGCUUGCUCUUAGGACUUUGUUGACCGACUCUGAGCUGUAAGGCUCUCUGUGGUACAGCCACUGAGCUGCAUGAGUCACUGCAAUAAAUGGACUCCCAGUGGAGCCAGGCUCUUGCAGCACGUGGACACCUCUGGCUUCAUCUCAGCUGAUGACAGGGUAGGGGAGGCACAGGAGAGGCUUUCUAAGCAGAGAUUGCACAAGUCAGGAUCAUACAAUGAACAUGGGUUGAUUUGUUUCAAAGGGGCUGUGACAGCCAAAAUCCUGGGCUAUUAGGAAACAUGAAAAAUUGUUUAAUAUUUGUUCCCAUAGUCAGGCGCUCUUCAGAUUAGGGAUGAUUUAUGGAAAUGAUGUCAAGCUGUGUAAUGAUAAGUUACACUCCUAAUCCAAAAUAUUUGAUUUUAUAAACAAUCUGCGAACUUCCUUCCAAAUUGUAAGACUUCUGAAACCACUCAGGUGACAUUUUUGGCAAAGGAAGAGGGAAGUAAUUCAUAGUUAGUGAAUCUUGCAAGACUUUUUAAAAUCUUCUUACUUUUUUUUAAUAAUUUAAAAUAAAUUUUAGUAAUCAUUUACUUUUCCAGUACAGUGCUGGGCUUGGUACAGAAGAACCCUUAUGAUCAGAAAGGUUUUGGGAAGAUGCUCCAAGGCACACAUGGGAGAAUGCACUGGAAGUUGGUGCCUUUUUCCAGCUCUCUGCUGCUCUACCUUUGCAAUUGUUGAAUUACUUGCUGCACCCAUUACCACAAACACCACAGAGCUGCUGCUAGAUGAGUUCCAGCCCUCUGCAGGCCAGCAGAGGGGAUCUCUUGACUGCUGUGUGCUUUUCUGCAUAGGUGGGGAGCAGGUUUGUCACUUCCAUGCUUGAGGAGUGGUGGGGAGGGAAAGCAUGCUCUGCUUCUCAUGCUCAAACACAGGCAGAGCUGGGAAGGGCAGCUGGUUCUGCUCCAGGGACUCCUGUGGAACAAGGUGGAAGGGGCAGCUCUGCCAUCUCAGGUGUUGGUGAGAACACCUGCCCUGUCUUCUGUACUCAUGUGUUUCAUCAGGUCUGUAAAGAAAGCUUUCUCCUGUUUUGAAUAAAUCCUGUGAAGUAA